GCAUUGCUGUGCAGUGCGUUCAUCCCCUUCUUUUCCGGUUACUUCCCGCCGAAAUUCCGAGGCGUUCGUUAUGCCGAUGGGGGAUUUAGUGACAACUUGCCCGUGUUGGACGAAAACACCAUCACUGUCAGCCCUUUCUGCGGGGAAAGCGAUAUCUGUCCGCAGGACAGUAACGUAUCAUUGCUGCAGGUAUCGCGGAGUAAAACUUGUUUCCGACUUGCAUGCUGCAUGACCGUGGCCUAUAAUUGCGCUAAUCCUUUCUUGUAAGCAUUCCAUUUGCAUGCCACACGCUGCAUGAUCCGUCUCAUUUCUCAAAACGACACUCUAAGAUGCACUUUACCCAUCUAAUGCACAGCAAAGGAAAAUACGCAUUUUUACCUAUUCGAUAUCCGCUUGUUGAAGAUGAUAGUGUUCAGGGAAUUCUUUGGGAUAUAUAUAUAUAUAUAUAUAUAUUCAAGUACUGGGAAGUGAGGUCAUUAGUAUCUGGUGUAAAUCUUAUCUGUUACCGUGUCACCUACUCACUUGACCUUUGUCCUCAUGCCACGUACCGAGAGGCAGGUAUAUGGAUGCUCAAUAGGUUUUGCCAAAAUAUGUUUAUUUCCCAGAAUACAUAAAGUGAUGGACUUCAUAAUCUCACAUCCAAUCCAAAUACUCAUCUCUAAUGUUUGCACACCAUUGCACUUUCAGCCAUUUAUAGCAUAUACGAUAGUCUGGUAUAUUUCUUCUUAAUCGACACUUAAUUUUGACAAUCUUCAUUCUUAAUCGACACUUGGGGCGAAGUACUGCUUUGGAAAAAAAAUUAGCGCAUCUUGGAAACCUUUAUUGGGAGUCAUUAUGCAAAUUUGCUGCAUGGUAAUGGCUUGAAUUAGCAAUUCUCAAAUCAAGGAUUUAGGAGAAAGGCAGAGAUUGCAUAUUCAGGACUUUGGCCAAUUUGCAAAUGAGGCAAAUGCUUGGUACUGAGUUCCCUAAAUGCUUUACUAAGUGGUCAAUGGUAAUAUAUUGGUUUGUGGAUGUUAGCAAAUAACAUUUUGCAGGGUUUGAAGGUGUCAUGGGCAUUACUUUUUAAACAGGAAAAUUAAAAAAUCACAGUCAACCCUUAUAGAACAUUCCUCCAGUACUGUCUUGAGUGGCAAUGGCAUAUAGGGACUCAUCUGCAAGUGAAAUGAGAAUGAGCAAACUCACAACAGCAUGUUCUUGGAUGAAGUUUCUUUCUGGCUUUCUGUAGGCACUGCUAUGCUCUGCUUUCAUCCCUAUUUUCUCUGGUUGGGUCCCACUGAAACUCAGGGGGGUCCGCUACAUUGAUGGUUGCUUCAGUAACAACAUCCCACUGCUGGAUGAGCACACCAUCACUGUCAGUCCCUUCUGUGGGGAAACAGAUAUCUGUCCUCGUGAUCCCUCAGCCUCUUUAUUACAGGUAUGGCCUGAGCAUGCUCACUUUUGCAUUCAUUGCUUCUUGAGUCUCAGUUGAAUUGCAUGAUUACAUGUGAAGCUGACAUGAGUCCAAAAUAUAAACAGAGCAGGAGGUGAUCCUAGAACAACUGGAUUCAAUCCCUCUAACAGAUUAAUUUGGCGAAUACAAGCAUUGAGCUCUCACGCGAGAACCUGUAUCGAAUGGCCAGGAUACUCUUCCCACCAGAGCCUGAAAUUCUUUCCAGGAUGUGCCAACAGGGAUUUGAUGAUGCACUCAAGUUCCUGCAAAGAAAUCAGCUGAUAUCCUGCACAAGAUGUCUUUCAGUGACAUCAACCUUUCAACUAUCGCAGACAGUGGAAGAGACCUUGAGACAUGAUCUGGAAUGUACUGACUGCAAGGUUCAGAGACAGGUUGCACUCCUGGACAGUCUUCCAGAGACAGUGACAUCCAUCCUACAGGAAGCUAUUGACUCUGCAAACAAGGGCCUUGUCAAUUGGGUCUUUCGACAUAGAGGCUCCAGCCUGAUCUCUGUUCUAGCAUUGCCCUAUGUCCUGCCUAGAGAUAUUGCUCAUGCCACUUUCCUUAGAUUUUGUGAUGCCAUUCCAAAACUAACAGGAGAUUUUGCACAGCUGGCCCUCUCUCUUGUCAAGUUCAUUGUUGCAGUAAUUAAGAAGAUGAAUGACAAGCGAGAGCAAUUCAGUGCCAAAUUUUCUUGUCAACUUGCAAUCACAGAAUAUAGAGAAUAUGAUAUGCCUGGUGCAAUCAACUUCAUACGAAACAAGUACAACUUUGACUUCACUUUUGACCUCAACAAUGGGGGUCUUCCUCAUUCUCAGAGUGAAGCCUUGUCUCUCAACACCCAAGCAGCAGAGGAUUACUUGCAGCAUCAUUAUCAACCUCUGCAUGCAAUCCAGGAAGAUGGACAGGGAGAAAAACCUUUAGCAGAAUCCCACCAUGAUGACACCUUUGAGCAAAUCUUGGAAGUCACCUCUCAUCAGGAUGCUGUUAUGGCCUACUACUAUCUUGAUAGUAAAAAUCAGGUAAAGGUGAAGGAGAUAUUUGAUGUGACAGAUGCUGACACUAGUGCUAUUUUGGCACCAGAAGAGAGAGUUCAGAAUGCUGACCUUCAAUUUGAUAGCUUCAUUGAAGGUGAAAAAUACGAAAGCUCCUGUAAUUGGCAGUUGGCAGGAGACCCAGAUGAAGCAUAUCUGGAUACUUUUCAAAUGGAUGCCAGUGAUUUCACCAAGGAAAUGAAUGUCAAUGAGAGAGGAUCACCCAGUGACCAUGAGGCAUCUUACAUGAUAUUUGAGUCAUGAUUGCGGCCUCUUCUCUUCAGCUUCAUUCCAGUAUUUUAUUUAUUGGGAAAUGUUGAGAAGAGAAUAUCAUCUAAGCAACUUUUAUGACUUCUAUGUGCCUCAAACUUUGUCUUGUUUCAAAUGCCAGAUUCUUUUUGAAGUUCCCUCUUGCUGAAAUUUGGGAAUGUCUUAAUUUUCUUACCAUUGAACAGAGAAAGUUUAUUUUAUUUCAACUGCUUCAUGUAGGCAUAUCGACACACCAUGAGCAUUAUUCUAGUGGGAUUAUUUCAUUUUAAUUUAGUUUAUCAGUUAAUACUUCUAUUAGGUCAGGCCUUUUCUGCUUUUAAUGACAAUUUUUGAAUAGAGUUAGAAUGUCUGAUCUCAGAAAAUGGGAUCUUGACGAACUCUUUGUGGACCGGUGCAUUGUAUAUUUUAUUUAUGGUUCUUUCCUGGAGCUGGCCCUCUAGGUUAAUAACAGAUCCUGUGAUAGCUGAAUGCCCGUGGCAGACAUUCAAUCUGUCAUCCCCUACCAUCAAUGUCAUCUAUGACCUAAUUAUGUGAUGCUACAAGAUUGUGAUCCUGGGGAAGUCCCUGUGAGAAUGUAUGGAGGCAUCUUGAGUGCUGCUCUCUUCCAAAUAAAUGCAUUAGCCAGCCAG